CACUGCGUUGCAGUGUUGUCACAGAUAGUAUUUAAGGCGUGUCACCUCCUGAAGGAGGUAAUGUUAGUGAAGAAGUGUGAAGAGCCGGGUGCUGCAGUUGCUGCUGCAACACUUUAACUGCAGUCUGUUGAUUCCACUGUAAAUAAUCAAGAUGGCAUCAAAAUUGCGCCUUGCUCUUAUCCAGAUGUCAGUUGGAGACAAUAAAGCCAAAAACAUUGCACGUGCUGUGCAAUUGAUAAGGGAAGCUGCAGGAGGAGGAGCCCAGUUAGUGGCUCUCCCUGAGUGCUUCAACUCGCCUUAUGGAACAAAUUAUUUUCACCAGUAUGCUGAAACUAUUCCUGGAGAAAGUACUGAAGCCUUGAGUACUGUUGCCAAAAAGUUUGGACUUUAUAUAGUUGGUGGCUCUAUACCUGAACGUGAUGAAGAUAAAGUAUACAACACCUGUACAGUUUGGGGGCCCCAAGGAGACAUGAUUGCUAAAUAUAGAAAAAUCCACUUAUUUGACAUUAAUGUUCCUGGUGGUAUCUCUUUUCGUGAGUCUGAUACUCUGUCCUCUGGAAAUCAAUUGACAACAUUUGAUUUACCACAAUGUAAAGUUGGGUUGGGUAUCUGUUAUGAUAUGAGAUUUCCUGAGCUGGCACAGGUCUACACUAAGAUGGGCUGCAAACUGCUUCUCUUCCCAGGAGCAUUCAACAUGACGACUGGUCCAGUUCAUUGGGAACUGCUGCAGAGAGGUCGAGCCUUAGAUAAUCAGAUUUAUAUUGGAACUAUCUCCCCAGCACGUGACACAUCAGCAAAGUACAUAGCUUGGGGACACUCCUCAGUGGUCAACCCAUGGGGAGAAGUAAUUGCUACAUCUGAAGAGUAUGAGGCUAUUAUAUAUGGUGACGUAGAUCUUGACUACGUGGAAAAGGUACGACAGAUGAUCCCGCUUCGUGAUCAGAGGAGGAAUGAUUUGUACGAAAUUAAUAUAAAGUAACAGACAGGUUCAGAUUAGUAUUUAAUCAGUGAGAAAGAAAAUCAUCAACAGUUCUCCAGAAAUUUUUAGUCUUGUUAUGCUCUUGUCAGACUUCCUCUCUUAAAUGUAUCAUCUUUAACAUUAACAGAUGCUGUGUAUAUUUUUCUGAGACUAACAUUUUUAGACCCGAUAGCAGUACUCAAGUUUGUGAACUUAAUGCUUGGACUAUUUUCAUUUCUAUAAUAAUUUUUUUUUUACACCACAAAAUUAUAUACGUACUUAGUUAUGAUGCUUUGCACUGCCACUUUAUUUUUUUAUUUAUAAAGAUGACACUGUACAGCUAAUUGACAGUAUAAUGUGAUCUUUAAAGUUAAAUAAUGAUAAACAAAUUUUGCUCAUGAAAUGGCAGCACCACUGUAAAUCUCAUUUUAUAAAAUACACCAUGUAAAAUAAUUUAACCAUAAUAAAAAAAAGUUGAAAAA